CGCAGCUUUGAGUCUUCAUCACUGACGACGGACCAGAUGGUACCGUAAACAUGAGUCGCGCACUCUCGAUCCUCGCUUAUCUUCUGCCUUUGAUUCAUUGUAGCAGCAGCGCUGACUCCGAAGAGCGGCUCAUGAACUGGCUGCUGGGAAAAGAUCGCUACAAUCCCCUCAUUCGCCCAGCUGUCAAUAGAACCGAGAGAGUCACAGUAAAGCUGCAAGUGUCUCUGGCACAGCUCAUCAGUGUGAAUGAAAGGGAACAGAUCAUGACCACAAAUGUUUGGCUCACUCAGCACUGGGUAGACUACAGGUUGUCAUGGGAUCCUGCACAGUAUGAAGGUAUUGUCAAACUGCGCAUUCCCUCCAGACAUGUGUGGCUUCCGGAUAUUGUCCUGUACAACAAUGCUGAUGGAACCUAUGAGGUAACGGUGUUCACUAAUGUCAUUGUCCUUUUCAACGGCAGCAUCAACUGGCUUCCUCCGGCUAUCUAUAAAAGCGCCUGUAAAAUCGAGGUCAAACAUUUUCCCUUUGACCAGCAGAACUGCACUCUCAAGUUCAGAUCUUGGACAUAUGACCAUACAGAGAUUGACCUGAUCUUAAAGUCUGAGAUGGCUAGUAUGGAUGAUUUUACUCCCAGUGGAGAGUGGGAUAUCUUAGCUCUGCCAGGGAGACGGACUGUCAACUCUCUGGAUCCCACUUAUGUGGAUCUGACAUAUGACUUUAUCAUUAAGAGGAAGCCUCUUUUUUAUACGAUAAACCUCAUCAUUCCAUGUGUUUUGAUCACCUCUUUGGCCAUUCUAGUCUUCUACUUGCCUUCAGACUGUGGAGAGAAGAUGACCCUGUGCAUUUCUGUACUUCUGGCCCUCACCGUGUUCCUGCUUUUAAUCUCAAAGAUUGUUCCUCCAACAUCAUUAGAUGUGCCCCUGAUUGGCAAAUACCUGAUGUUCACCAUGGUCCUGGUGACCUUCUCCAUCAUCACCAGUGUGUGCGUGCUCAACGUGCACCACCGCUCUCCUAGCACCCAUACCAUGCCUUCUUGGGUCAAGCUGAUAUUUCUUGAGAAAUUGCCUGCCUUACUCUUCAUGAGGCGCCCUCAUAACAAAUCUGCACACCAAAGACUGCGUCAGCAUCGAUGCUUAAGAGCUAAAAAAAACAUUUUGGGCUUGGGAUACCCAGUUGCAUCCAAGGCAGAUAUCACCAUGUCAGCUUCUGCGCUGCUGUCUUCAGACUCUGCCUUCUCUACACCAGGACACAAAAAUAUAACUCCUCCAGCAGGAUACAACUGGGCUGCUGAUAUCCAGGAGGCAGUGAAUGGGGUGUGCUUUGUGGCUGAGCACAUGAUGGGAGAUGAUGAUGAUCAGAGUGUUAUAGAGGACUGGAAGUAUGUGGCCAUGGUAGUGGAUCGUCUGUUUCUGUGGAUCUUUGUGAUAGUGUGUGUGGUGGGAACCCUGGGCCUGUUUCUCCAGCCUCUUUUCCAGAGUCAGAUUGUUGCCAACCAUGUGCCCAGUUCGGACAUUCCCCGCAUUUGAUCCUCGUAGAGAAAGAUUGAGCUACUUCAGGGUUUUCAUAAGAAACUGUGCUAUUAGGACAAUAUUAUGUAUUAGAGGCUAGUAAAAGUUUUGAUGUAUUCUUAGUUUUUGCUUAGCACUGUGUUGGCAGGUAACAGAAGCACUGAUACAAUGUC